CCCAGGUAAGACUUACUCAGGCAUAUCGUCGAUCACCUGCCGAGGCCACUACAUCCUUCUCAACAUCCAACUCAGAACCGGAUUGCUGACAUCACCAUGGUGGGCGGCGGCGACUUCCUUGCGGUUCAGACUCACGGCGGGCAGUAUGUACAGUAUGACAUCUUCGGGAACUUGUUCGAGGUCACUUCCAAGUAUGCUCCUCCAAUUACUCCGAUUGGCCGCGGCGCUUACGGAAUCGUCUGUUCGGCUUUGAACGCUGAGACGAACGAGAUGGUUGCGAUUAAGAAGAUCGCUGAUGCUUUCGACAAUUACAUGGACGCGAAGCGAACUCUUCGCGAGAUUAAGCUUCUUCGCCAUUUAGAACACGAAAAUGUAAUAGCUAUAAAGGAUGUUAUUCCUCCACCAUUAAGAAGGGAAUUCAAUGAUGUCUAUAUUGCCACCGAGCUUAUGGACACGGAUCUUCACCAGAUAAUCCGAUCAAAUCAAGGUUUAUCGGAGGAGCAUUGUCAGUAUUUCUUGUAUCAGAUCCUUCGUGGGCUAAAGUACAUACAUUCUGCGAAUGUUAUUCAUAGAGACUUGAAGCCAAGCAACCUGUUGCUGAAUUCGAAUUGUGAUCUUAAGAUUUGUGACUUUGGACUUGCCCGCACAAACUUAGACAAUGAGUUCAUGACAGAAUAUGUUGUUACCAGAUGGUACCGGGCACCUGAGCUUCUGUUGAACUCUUCAGAUUACACUGCUGCUAUAGAUGUGUGGUCUGUUGGUUGCAUCUUCAUGGAGCUUAUGAACAGAAAACCUCUGUUUCAAGGAAAAGAUCAUGUACAUCAGAUGCGCUUAAUAACCGAGCUUCUUGGCACACCAACCGAUUCCGAUCUUGGAUCUAUUCAGAAUGAAAAUGCAAGAAGGUAUAUCAGGCAACUUCCACUACGUCCACGCCAGCAGUUAGCAAAUGUUUUCCCACACGUGCAUCCUUUAGCCAUUGAUCUUGUGGAUAAAAUGUUGACAUUUAACCCCUCCAAAAGAAUUACAGUUGAGGAAGCAUUAGCUCAUCCCUACCUUGCCCAGUUACAUGACAAAUCUGAUGAACCCAUAUGCCCGGUUCCAUUCACUGAUUUCGAGAAACAAGCCUAUGGAGAAGAGCAAAUAAAAGACAUGAUUUACCAGGAGGCACUGGCAAUGAAUCCAGGAUAUGCAUAACAAGAGGGCACUACCAUUUUCUCCCCUUUUCUUCCUCAGACCUACAAAACCUAUCUGUUAACUUCAAAUACUUGGAUGCUCCUGGGAGCUAUGCCUGUGGCAUGUUAUUGUAAUUUUUUUUUUGGGUAUUAUUUGUACUAUGUUAUAACCUGUUCAACCAUUAAUUAUUUUCUUUCUUCCACGUACAAUGAAGUAUUUGUACAGUGGAUUAGAGUUUGAGUUAUGAAAUCAAGAUGUACUAUUCUUUGGAGAGGCUAUAUAUAACAGAUUUGAUUGCAAAUUUGCAGAGAGUA